AUGGCUGAACCAGCACCCUACGGGGGCUUCAUGACAAGAACCAUAGAUGCUGAAAAGGAACAAGAAGAGAAGCUCAAGCUGCAGCAGGUGGAAAUCGCCAUAAACGGUACACCACAGACGCUAAGACCUGAAGCCUUGCAUAUCAACGGUGUGGACAAUUUAUCAACAGAAGACUUGCAAGCAUUUGUUGACUACUACCUCAAUUUUGACAAAAUCGGCGACGACGACUACAAGGAGGUCGAGCGCCCUAUCUGGUUCAGAAUCCAGUGGAUCGACGACUCCAACGUGAAUGUGGUUUUCAAGACACACGAAGACGCUGCUGAGGGUUUGGGAGCAUUAUCCAUUUCUGGCGGAGCUUCUGAGGAGAUUGUGAAGGAAUUCAGCCAGGAGUAUGUUUCCCAGAUUGUUCAGGAAAGAGAAACCAAGCCAUAUGCGCCCACCAUUGCUUUCCACAAGUACCAGAAACGCAUCAGCGAAGAGAAGGACCUUUUUGAGGAGAAAAAGCAGAAAGAGGAGGAAGCCAACACCGGCAUGGACGAGGACGACAGCUCCGUUGUGUUGUACAUUAGACAGAGUCUCCAGUCCGACAGAAAAGUCAAGAAUGCUGCUGUGUACUCGAGAUACUAUCUUCUCCACGGCGAGCCCGACAGAGAACAAAGAAGAAGAACAGCCAGACCCGAGCGUUCCAGCAGAGCAGAACGUGGUGGAUACUCCAGAGACGAGGACGACGAUGUGGAUUUGUUUGCUAGCAAACUCAAAGAAACAAAGUCUGCCCGUGAAGACGAAGACGACUUGUUUGCGUGGAGAUUGCGUGAAGCGUCGCCUGAAAGAGCACCCAAGAGAGGCGGCAGAGGCGGCAGAAGAGGCAAGGGCAGAAGGUGA